AGAACGCAAUGAAUGUUGCACCGCAGCGGAAACUGCUGGAGCUGUUUGAAAUGGAUUUUAAUACAAUGGGCGUUUGUUCUUGGAUGCGGAAGCUUCAUCGCUGAUUUUAUACAUAAACGAUUAUGUCGCUCAGGUGAAUUAAAUAGACAUCGUAAAGCCCUUCUGCUGACUUGACCGGACCGGACCGGACUGAUGACCUCCGUUGUAGGUUAGGAGAAGCGCCUGUUUAAUGGCAGGAGUAUGUCAGCAACCCAGUAACGAUGAUUCGUUAGCAACUAGCUCACUGGCUUUAAUGCACAUUUGCUGCGUUGGAAAAAUAUUUCUGUUCUCAUGUCAGACCCCUGCUGCUCAUCAUGCUUUGUUUUAGGCUGCUGUCAAUAAGCUGGUUACAUUCAAAAGAAAGACUUGUGUGUCCUGGGUUAUAAGGUGAAGUUCACAGCAGUUUCACCCAUUCUGUUUCUGCUCUCACCUCUAUACAUUGAGAAUGAAGCUCAAACUGAAGACUGUGUUCCUGCUGUACUUUAUGGUCUCCCUCCUCGGCCUCAUCUAUGCUCUAAUGCAGCUAGGACAGCGCUGUGACUGCAGGGAACAUGACUUGCCUAAGGACCGAACCAUCUCUCAAUUGAGAGGGGAGUUACAUAAGUUGCAAGAACGAAUAAAAAAAUCAGAGGCAUCAAAAGCCUCCAGGCAAUCUAGUUUGCCAACAAUCUAUGUAAUAACACCUACCUAUGCAAGACUGGUGCAGAAGGCCGAGCUCACACGCUUGCUCCACACUUUUCUGCAUGUACCCCAGCUCCACUGGGUCGUGGUGGAGGACUCUCCCAGUCCAACACAGCUAGUGAGAAACUUUCUGGCUGUGUCCGGACUGACCUACACUCACCUACACAUGCUGACGCCUAAAGACCGGAAACUACAGGAAGGUGACCCUCACUGGCUGAAGCCUCGUGGGGCUGAGCAGAGGAACGAGGGUUUGCGCUGGCUCAGGGAGAAGGCUGCUGCUGCUGGGGGGAAAGGGUUAGGCUUCGAGAGUGCUGUAAUCUACUUUGCUGAUGAUGACAACACCUAUAGCCUGCAGCUCUUUGAGGAGAUGCGUUACACUAAGAAAGUCUCUGUUUGGCCGGUGGGUCUGGUGGGGGCUAUGAAGUUUGAGCGGCCUGUGGUGGAGAAUGGGAAGGUCGUUCGUUUCCACACCGGAUGGCGACCAAACCGUCCCUUCCCCAUUGACAUGGCUGGCUUUGCUGUCUCCCUGAACCUGGUGUUGGCCAAUCCUGAGGCUUGGUUUGAUGGCAAUGCUGAGAUGGGCUUCCUGGAAAGCAGCUUCCUCCAGAACAUGGUUACCAUGGAGGAGCUGGAGCCCAAAGCUGACAUGUGCACUAAGGUGCUGGUGUGGCACACGCGUACUGAAAAGCCGAAGAUGAAAAGAGAGGAGGCUCUUAUAAAGCAGGGGUUAGGAUCAGAUCCAAAUGUGGAGGUGUAAGCUCCAAGAACACCCUGGUACAUCCCAGUUACAAAAACACAUCCUGCUGUAGCGUUAACCUGAGAACGUUCUUCUUUCUUUAAGUAUAUUUAAGUAUGGGAGGUCUGUGUACUCUUUUCCAGGAAUCAUGACACUGUAUUAACUUUUUGGUUAUCAUGUAUUUGGGUGCAUGAAUGAAUGCUGUUUUCUAUUUAUAUAUUUAUUUAUCAUUCAUGGUAUUAUGUAGAACACAUGUACAUGUUCAGUGUUUCUGCCUCAUGCCUGUAAAUGUUUGUCUUGUACAAUAACAUAUUAUUGCUAUGAUCAGGGAAGCCAUUAAUCAGGAGUUCUAGGGUGAGGAGGAUGCCAAGGGGCCAUAGUUACCAGUGUAGCCAAGGGGUUCAAUGAGACCCUAGGGAACCAGAAUCACCAAAAAUUGUACUAGCUAUGUACAUCUUGAUCUAAAUGAGUUAAAAUAAAAGACAUUUUACACAA